AUGGUUGUCGUCGCGGCCGCGCUGCUCGCUCUCGUCCUCCCCCACCGCGCGUUUCCGGCCGCUCCUCGCGCGCCCUCGCCGCUGCUGCUCGGCGACGCGCCCGACGCGGCGAGCAUCGCCGCAGCGACGGCCGCCCGUGCCGAGGCCGCCUCAAAGGCGCUCGCCGACGCUGUGCGGCCGGCGUCAGAGUUCCUGCUGGACGCGACGCGACCCGCAAUCGACGCCGCGACGCCGGUGCUGGAUCCCGUCCUCCGCGCGACCGAGCAGGCCCGCGUCCAGUGGCAGCUCUACGGCAGCGAGCACCCCGCGGAGCAGGUCGGCCUCGGCCUGUCGGCGCUGCUGCUGCUGGAGCUGGUGCGCGAGGUCGUCGCGGCGGGCGGCGACGAGCGGCCGUACCCGCGCGACGCGUACGACCCGGACGCGGCGCGCGCCUUCUUCGUGCGCCGGCCGCUCGAGGUGCUCGCCCGCGCCGUCGAGCUCGGCGUGCGGUCGGCGGGGUUUGGAGGCGCGUUGCUUAGCGACUGGCUGGCGGGGCCGGCCGCGCUGGAGGCGAACGCGGAGGAGCGGGCGCUGCAGCUGGCCAAGGUGCUGACCGCGCUCGGCCCCACCUUCAUCAAGGCCGGCCAGUCCGCCUCCAUCCGCACCGACCUCCUCGCGCCUCCGCCGGCUCAAGCCCGGCUGCGCCCCUCGCCCCAGGUGCCUCCCUUCCCGACGGACGAGGCGACCGCCCUCAUCCGCGAGGAGCUCGGCGAAGCGGAGGGCGCGCUGCUCGACUCGCUCUCGGCCGAGCCCGUCGCCGCCGCCUCCCUCGGCCAGGUCUACCGCGGCGCCCUCCCCGACGGCACGCCGAUCGCGCUCAAGGUGCAGCGGCCUCGGAUGGCGCGGCAGAUCGCCCUCGACAUGCUCCUCAUCCGGGAGGUGCUCGCGCCGCUCGCGUCCGCGGUGGGGCUGCCGGGCGACCUCGUCGGCACAGCGGACGCGUGGGGCGAGGGCUUCGUCGCCGAGCUCGACUACUCCGCCGAGGCAGCCAACGCCGCCCUCUUCAACGCGAACGUGCGGCAGGGGCAGCUGAGCGGCUCCGUCUUUGCGCCCCCCGUGGUGGAGGGGUUCUCGUCGCGGCGGGUGCUGACGACGGAGUGGGUGGACGGGGAGCGGCUCGAUCGCUGCCGCGCGCCGGAGGACGUGCCUCGCCUCUGCUCGCUCGCCAUGUCCACGUACCUGCAGAUGAUGCUGCAAGACGGGGUGCUGCACUGCGACCCGCACCCGGGCAACCUGCUGCGCACGGCGGAGGGGAAGCUCUGCAUCCUCGACUGGGGGCUCGUCACGACCAUCUCGCCCGACCUGCAGCUGACGCUCAUC